UUAAUGGGCAAACAUAGAAAUAAAAAUUAGAGUAAAUAUGAGAAUGCUCCAUAGAAGAAAGUGAAGACAAAUCAUUGGGAUUAAGACAAUCAAUAAAUUUGCGUAGUAUAAUUUGAGAAUCCAAUAUUUCGUCGUUUUUAUGAGGUAUAACUAUAUAUAUAUAUUAGAUUCAAUUACCAGAGAUAAAUAAAGAAGAAUUUAAGAUAUUUUGGUAAUCAUUAUCUCUUCCAUUGCCAGUAACAUUUAGAAUAAAUUAAUCCUAAUAUAAAUACGAGAGUUUGAUUGAAAGAUUGAAAGAUGGUUCAUUAAUAAAAGAUAUGGUGAAUGAAGAAGAAAUAAUAGAUCCAAUAAGAGAGAUUACAUGGUAUCCAAAUAAUUUGGUUUGGGAAUCAAAGGUGGCAAAGAAAAGUUUGAGAAAAUCAGCAGCAUUAACAAAAUUACAUUAAUUUAUAUAAAAGUGUAGUUCAACAGGAUUAUUGACAAGAUAAGAAUUAGUAUCAAUGCUUCCUCCAUUAUUAUUAAAUCCUAAAGAUACAGAUUUUGUAUUAGAUAUGUGUGCAGCACCAGGAUCAAAAACAUGUUAAUUAUUAGAAGUAGUAACAAAAGGUUUAAUAGUUGCAAAUGAUGUUGAUCCAAAAAGAGCAUAUAUGUUAUCACAUUAAUUAUCACGUAUGCCAACUGCAUAAGUUAUGAUUACUAACUAUGCAGCAUAAUUUUAUCCAUCUUUAUAUAUUAAUGGAUAGAGAUUAUAAUUUGAUAAAGUAUUAUGUGAUGUUCCAUGUACAGGAGAUGGUGCUGCACGUAAAUUACCUACUAGAUGGGUUAAAUGGUCAGCAAGAGAUGGAAAUGUUAUACAUCCAUUAUAAUUAAGUAUUUUAAUGAGAUCACUUUAAUUAUGUAAAAUUGGAGGAUAUGUUAUGUAUAGUACUUGUUCACUUAAUCCUAUUGAAAAUGAAGCUGUUGUUUCAGAAGUAUUUAGAAGAGCUGGAUUUGAUGCUUUUGAAUUAAUUGAUUUACAUACAUUAUAAGGAUUUUAAACUAGAAAAGGAAUUAAAAAUUGGAAAGUUAUUUUAACUGAUGAUUUUCUUACUUAAAAAUAUCUUUAAAGAUAAUCUAAUACUGAUUAAGAUGAAAAAGAUUUCUUAGAAACAGUCUAAGAAGAUGAUUUAGUCUAUGAAAUUCAUAAUAUUAAUUAGAAACUUAAUAUUAAAAAACUCUUUUCUAAAUUCUCAAGAAAAUAAGAAGGUUAAUUAAUUAAUGCAUUUAAAACUUUAAAACCAUCUUUAUGGCCUGAUACUGAAGAUUUUAUGAAUUAAAUUGGUAUAGAAAAAACAAUGAGAGUAUUACCUCAUGAUUAAGAUACAGGUGGUUUUUAUUUGGCAUUAUUUAAAAAAAAAUAAGCAGUUAUUUGGAAAAAACCUAAGUAUCAAGAAUCUAUUAUAUCUUAAUAAGUUAUUUAAGAAAAUAAAUCAGAAUCAAUUUAAGUAGAAGAACAAAUUAUUAUUAAUAAACCAUAAGAAUUAGAAUAAAUUUAAUAGAAUGAAACACCUUAAUAAUAAUAAUUAUAAAUUUAAGAUAUCUAAAAGAAAGACAUUGUAGAAUAAUAAGAUAUACAAUAAGAUAAUUAAGAUAUUCAAUAAGAAUAAUUUAUCUAAGAUUGUGAUAUUAAUCAAGAUGAUCUUAAAGAUAUCUUAAAAUAAAGUAAUGAAUAAGAUGAGAAAUAAUAAAAUGUUAAAAAUAAAACUCAACUUCUUGAACCUUAUACUCCAAUAAAUGAUUAUGAUUGGAAAGUGAUUUGUGAUUAUUAUGGAAUUAGUGGAUUUCCAUAAGGAUAAGUUCUAGGUACUGGAUAAUCUCUAGAUAUCAUUAUGCAAGUUAAUAAAAAAUUUAGAUAUGUUAGUGAAGAUGUUAAAAACAUAUUGUUUGAUCCAAAAAAUUGUAAUAAUAAAUAUUCAUAUUUUUAGAAAAUCUUAAACUAAUAAAUAUUGGUCAAAAAUUAUUCGAAAGAGGUAAAGAAAGCUUUGGUGGAUAGGUUACUCCAUUUAAAAUAACUCAAGAAGGAUUACCUUAUAUUUUUAAAUAUUUAACUAAAAGAAUUGUUGAAUGUAAUAAGGAAUAAUUUAUGGAAAUUCUAUAAAAACGAAACAUUAGAAUGGGAGAUUUUGGUCAUGAAGUAUUAAAGAAAUAAUUUGAAGAACUUAUUUAAGGAUGUUUUGUUCUUUAUUAUAAAGAGACUCCAGAAAUAAGUGAAGCUAUUGUUUGUUAAUAUUACAAACAAAGUGUUAAUUUAAUGUGUAGCACUGAAAAUAUAGAAAACAUUCUUAUCAGACAUAGAUUAAUGUGA